AUGUAUGUAGGUCUUAUUUUGUGUCUUAUUUUUUCCUCUUUUUUUCUUUUUUUUAAUAACCAAUAUUUUUCAUGUGCAAUUUUCCUUCAACAUCCUUCUUUGAGUUUUCCUUCUUUUUCCGUCACAUUCUUUUUGCCCUAUCAUUUAAUUGGAUUUCUACAAUUUCCUUCUUCUUUUAUAUCAUUCAUACUUUCUUUUCAAUAUUUUUUUCCCCAUUUUUUUAAUAUUUUGCAACUAGACUUCGUCUUUCCUUUUCUUAUUCUUUUCCUUCCUAUGUUUUCUUUCAUUCAUAUCUUUAUUUUCAUUAUUUUCCUUUCUUUCUUUCUUUUUUCUUUCAUUCUUUCGUUCUUUCUUUCUUUCUUUCUUUCAGUUUUUCGUUCUUUCUUUCUUUCUUUCAUUUUUUCGUUCUUUCUUUCUUUCUUUCUUUCAUUCUUUUUUUCUUUCGUUUUUUCUUUCUUUCAUUCUUUCGUUCUUUUUUCUUUCAUUUUUUCGUUCUUUCUUUCAUUUUUUCGUUCUUUCUUUCUUUCUUUCUUUCAUUCUUUCUUUCGUUCUUUCUUUCUUUUUUCUUUCAUUUUUUCGUUCUUUCUUUCAUUCUUUCUUUCUUUCAUUUUUUGUUCUUUCUUUCUUUUUUCAGUUUUUCGUUCUUUCUUUCUUUCUUUCUUUCUUUCUUUCUUUCUUUCUUUCUUUCAUUUUUUCGUUCUUUUUUCUUUCAUUUUUUCGUUCUUUCUUUCAUUCUUUCUUUCUUUCGUUCUUUCUUUCUUUCUUUUUUUCUUUCAUUUUUUGUUCUUUCUUUCAUUAUUUCUUUCAUUUUUUCCGUUCCAUUUCUCCUCCCCUCUUCCUUCGUCUCACCCUUCUUCCCAUCCAAAUCCAGUCACCAAACAAAUAGCUAUUCUAUUUGAUUUCUCUCGAUUUGCUUUGACUCCUCUCAUUAUGCCAUUUACUUAUUUAUUACCUUACAUCGUCCAUUAG